UGGGAAAUUUUGCAAUAAAUUUCAUUUGGAGGUUGGAAUAGAGAUAGAAUCAUCGGCGGAAGAACCUUAUCAGCCACCAACUAAAUUUUCUAAUGUCCACGGCGGCAAUGGCGUCUACCGCCGUCUUCUUACCUCGUCUUCCAACAGGCAUCGCCACCGCCCGUUGUACCGCCUUACCUAACCUCCCACCUCGUCCGUUUCCGACUUCAAUCAAACUGGUUUCAGGGUCAAAAAGGUCAUCUCUGUUCCAUGUCAAGGCCUCAGAAGAUGCAUCUUCAUCAUCCUCCAUUGAUACUGAUGAGUUGUUCACCAGCCUAAAGGAAAAGUGGGAUGCAGUUGAAAACAAACCAACAGUCAUAAUCUAUGGAGGAGGAGCAUUUGUUGCUCUUUGGCUAUCUUCUGUUAUUAUUGGUGCUAUCAACAAACUCCCAUUGCUUCCUAAUGUCAUGGAGUUGGUAGGAGUUGGAUACAGUGGCUGGUUUGUCUACAAAUAUCUUCUCUUUGAGUCAAGCAGGAAAGAGUUGGCUGCAAAGAUCGAAUCAAUCAAGAAGGAAAUCUCAGAAACAUAGACAAGUACACCAUCAAAUGGAAUUCUUUUUUAUUUUCAUUUAUGUAAUUUGAUAUAUUUAAAGCAUGUAUAGAGAGAUCUUUCUAUGGAAUAUGUAUUUAUGUACCCAAACACAAAACAAUUUCAUGUGUUUUAUUAUAUAUCCAACAAGUCAUAAUUGUA